GUCAGAUUCACAGUUCACUCUUCACUUCUGUAUAUAAUCCUCUCUAGGGUUCUCUCUCUUCCACACACUCUGCUGUCUGCUCUCUCUCUGUUGAUCGAGUGGGAACUGUCGCUCGAUCUAUCCAUCUUCGACUUUCCGAUCUCGUCGUCUCUCUUUACCUUUGAAAAAAAAUGAGAGAAAUCCUUCAUGUUCAGGGGGGACAAUGUGGAAACCAGAUUGGAUCAAAAUUUUGGGAAGUUGUUUGUGAUGAACAUGGCAUAGAUCCAACCGGAAGGUAUGUUGGGACUUCAGAUUUACAACUUGAACGUGUCAAUGUAUACUACAACGAGGCUUCUUGUGGGAGGUUUGUUCCUCGUGCUGUGCUCAUGGAUCUUGAGCCUGGCACCAUGGACAGUGUUCGAACUGGUCCCUAUGGCCAGAUUUUCCGCCCUGAUAACUUUGUCUUUGGCCAGUCUGGUGCUGGUAAUAACUGGGCUAAAGGACAUUAUACUGAGGGUGCAGAGCUUAUUGAUUCAGUUCUUGAUGUUGUGAGAAAGGAAGCUGAGAACUGUGACUGCCUUCAAGGUUUUCAAGUCUGCCACUCACUGGGUGGGGGAACAGGUUCUGGAAUGGGCACCUUGCUGAUCUCCAAAAUUAGGGAGGAAUACCCUGAUAGAAUGAUGCUUACAUUCUCAGUGUUUCCAUCUCCAAAGGUUUCAGAUACAGUUGUUGAGCCAUAUAAUGCUACUCUUUCUGUCCACCAGCUUGUUGAGAAUGCAGAUGAGUGCAUGGUGCUUGAUAAUGAAGCUCUGUAUGAUAUCUGUUUCAGGACUCUUAAGCUUACCACACCUAGCUUUGGUGAUCUGAACCACCUGAUCUCUGCAACCAUGAGUGGGGUGACUUGCUGCCUUCGGUUCCCUGGUCAACUCAACUCUGAUCUCCGAAAGCUUGCUGUAAACUUAAUUCCCUUCCCCCGUCUGCAUUUCUUCAUGGUUGGAUUUGCACCUCUGACCUCUCGUGGGUCCCAGCAAUACCGUGCCCUUACAGUCCCUGAACUGACCCAACAAAUGUGGGAUGCAAAGAACAUGAUGUGUGCCGCUGACCCGCGACAUGGACGCUAUCUCACUGCCUCAGCCAUGUUCAGGGGCAAAAUGAGCACCAAAGAGGUGGACGAACAAAUGAUCAAUGUCCAGAACAAGAACUCGUCUUACUUUGUGGAGUGGAUCCCUAACAAUGUGAAAUCAAGUGUUUGUGACAUUCCGCCAAGGGGGCUUUCCAUAGCAUCCACCUUUGUUGGGAACUCGACUUCCAUCCAGGAAAUGUUCAGGAGAGUGAGCGAGCAGUUCACUGCUAUGUUCAGGAGAAAAGCUUUCUUGCACUGGUACACUGGGGAAGGAAUGGAUGAAAUGGAGUUCACAGAAGCCGAAAGCAACAUGAAUGAUCUUGUUUCCGAGUACCAGCAGUACCAGGAUGCUACUGCUGAUGAGGAGGGUGAGUAUGAAGAUGAGGAGGAAGAAGCCAUUGAGCCUAUGUGAAAACAAGUGGAGAUGGACUUUUGAUGUAAAGAGAAGAAUGUCUGCUGCUGCUGCCGUUGUCUUAUAUUGAUGCAUGCAUAAUAUGUUUACUCCAUUAUCUGGUUGGGAAAGCUUCUUUAGCAGUGGUCUUUUUACCGGGAGAGCCUGAAAACUAUCUAGUUUUCUCUCUCCUAGUUGCUAGUAUAUCCUGCGACCCGCAUUGGUUGGUUAUACUUGCCUAUUAUGGUUGGGUAAGAUAGAUUGCGUGUUAUAUUUCUUCUAUGUUACUUGUAUCUGUUUGUAUUCCAGACUUGCUCAUGUUUCGGUUGCUUCUUUGUAUUGUAGUGAAUCAUUUUGCUCUA